UUUUUUUUGUAUCGAAGGAAUCAACAGCCGCCAUCUUGACGCGGCUCAGAAUCGGGAUUUCGGUGGCUGUAUUACUUUUAAAAACCGAUCGGAGCGACCCAGACCGAGUUCAAACGGCUUUUUUCGUGCACAGAACCGAAGUGGUGAUUCGUACGAAGAGAAUUAAUAGAAAUAUGUGAAGGUUAUGUGGGUUUAUUUUGUUGUCGUCUCCGAAGCCCCCUGUAUAUUUGAUUUCCCUUUUACAGGGCGCCGUUGCUCACCCUCUCGAACCGCUGGAGUUUUCGGGAGACAGCGACGGAAAAAAAAAUCCACUUCAUAGGAAAUAUUUGUCGAAUUUUGUUUUUUUAUUUAGCGCCAAAUUAGAUUUUAUGACUGUUCGUUUCGACUGCGAAAAAAAUGACUUUGUGUAGACGUAAAGCCUGCGCGCUGCGGAAAAAGGGAUUUAUUGACGCUUCGUGGGAAAAUUUGUAGUUCAUUUUUAUUUAUUUUUUCUUGCGCUAAAAUAAUAUUUGGACCGAAUUAUUGAGGAUAAUUAUGUGGGUGUUGGGUGUUGGAUUAUCAUGGGUUGAUCUUCGGCGGCGGAGCGUGGCGCUGUUGCCUUUCUUUUGAAGCAUUUAUUUCAUUAGGCAGCAUUUCGCCAGUCUGCCACAAAACACUUAAAAUUUUUCUUUUUAUUGCUACUUAUUACACGCCACUGUCUGACCAGAUAGACCGAUCCGACUUUUUUUUUCUUCUUGCAUCAUCCUUCCAUCAUAAUUGGCCACCAGGAUGGCUGACAAUCUGUUGGAUAUUGGACCCUCCAGUGCGAAGCGACCCAAACUGAAUUCACCUGCGCCUUCAGCAUCAGACGGUCCAGAUCUGUUUUCUCUGUUUGACCUGGAAAACGACCUUCCAGAUGAGUUGAUUCCAAAUGGAGACUUGGCCCAGAUGGGAAUGCCAUCUAAUGGUGGCCCAGGAGGAGGAGGAGGUGGUUCUGGUCUGAACUCUGUGGUCCCUGAUGCAGCUGCCAAGCACAAGCAGUUGUCUGAACUCCUGCGACCAGGAGGCUCCUCGAUUCUCGGAAGUGGUCUCAACUCUGCCAGUCCCCAGCAGGGAAGCAUGGUUGGUGCUGUGCUUGGUAAAAGCCCACUGGGACAGGGUUCACCUAAUCACCAGUCUCCCCAGGCCCAGAAAGCAAAUGCCGUCUCUGGACAAGGCACCAACAACACAGGCUUGAGCUUCAACCAGGCCAUGUUGAACAGUGGGCAGGGUCAUGGAGUGUUGGGCCAGACUGGUCAGAUGAUGAACGGGGCUCUGGGACCUGCAGGCCGUGGAAGACCUGGGCCAAGCAUGCAGUACCAGGGCCAAGGCAUGCAGGGGCCGCAGGUGGCUCCUGGACCUGGAGUUGGAGGCAGUGUGUUAGCAGAAACACUCACGCAAGGAGGGCCGCAGUUAGGUGCUCAAAGCACACUGAAUGCUCAGCAAGCUGGAUGCAUGAACAAGAUGGGGAUAUCCGGAACACCAUUUGGACAGCAGUAUGGUCAAACUGGGGGGCAGCAGAUGGGUACAGCGGGGCAGCUUCAGAACAAGACAGCCAUUCCCAGCAAUCUUCCUCAGUUUGCUGCAGACUUGAAGGGAAGUGGGAGUGUGCCAAACAUGUCCCAGAUGCAGCAGCAAGUAGCAUCAGCUAGCAUGGUUCCUGGUGCUGGUGGAGUUUCGACAGGACCCACAGCUGAUCCAGAGAAACGUAAACUCAUUCAGCAGCAGCUGGUCCUGCUGCUUCAUGCACAUAAGUGCCAGAGGAGGGAGCAGGCCAACGGGCAGGUGAGGGCCUGCACUCUACCACACUGCCGCACAAUGAAGAACGUCCUCAACCACAUGACCCACUGCCAGGCUGGCAAGUCCUGCCAGGUGGCUCACUGUGCAUCAUCCAGACAGAUCAUCUCACACUGGAAGAACUGCACAAGGCAUGACUGUCCAGUCUGCCUGCCUUUGAAGAAUGCUAGUGACAAGAGAAACCAGCAACCCAUGGUAGGUUCUCCGGGAGCUGGUUUGCAGAACACCAUCAGCGCAGUGGGUCCUGGCCAACCCAGCGCCACAGCUAUGAGCAGCGCCGCCACACACAUUGACCCCAGCUCCAUGCAGAGGGCGUAUGCUGCCCUUGGCCUUCCCUAUGGGAAUCAGUCCCCUGUUCAGGGACAGAACCAAAAUCCAAGCCAAGGUGCUGCUCCGCAAAACUCCCAAGGCCCCCAACACCUGCAACUGCGAAAUAUGAACCCAUUAGGCACUAAUCAGAUGAACCAGAUGGUAGGAGGAAUAAGUGUCCCCACUUCAGACCAAGCUGCCAUUCACUCUGACUCAUCACUACCCACCACACUUAACAAUCAGCUGAUGUCAGAUGGGUCAGUACCUGGAAGCAUGGGAAGCCUGCCCGCUGCCACCCCUCUUUCUGCUUCAGGGGUGAGGAAGGCCUGGCAUGAGCAUGUAACUCAGGACCUGCGCACCCACCUGGUGCACAAACUAGUACAAGCCAUAUUCCCCACCCCAGAUCCUGCAGCAUUGAAGGACCGUCGAAUGGAGAACCUAGUGGCUUAUGCACGCAAGGUUGAGGGUGACAUGUAUGAGUCUGCUAACAGCAGGGAUGAGUACUAUCACUUCCUAGCAGAGAAGAUAUACAAAAUUCAAAAAGAGUUGGAGGAGAAGAGGCGCUCACGGCUACAGAAACAACCUGGUAUGGUGGGGACAGCGGGACUUCAGCAGCCUGGUAAUGCGCAGCCCAACACCAUGGGCCCGGGACAGCCUGUCCGACCUCCCAAUGGACCUGUGCCUAUGCCCAAUGUGCCAAAUCAGAUAAUGAACCGUAUGCAGGUGUCUCCAGGAAUCAAUCAUUUUAACCCCAUGGCAAUGCAGAAUGUGCAGAUGCCUCAGGCACCCAUUGGAGCACGAGCUGCCUCCCCCAUGAGCCAUCAACAGCAGAUGAACAUGAGCUCCGUCCAAACGAUGGGUAUGUCCCCGUCAAGGAUUCCGCAGGCUCCAGGAAUGAUGGGUAGUCAUGCUAAUAACAUGGUAGCUCAGUCAAUCAACCAGGGGCAGUUCCUGCCACAAGGCCAGUUUUCCGCUGCUGCAAGUGGACCAAUGAAUGUGAAUGUAGGCUUGAGUCAGCCCACAACGCAGGCAGUCACACAGUCUCAAAACUCUAACCUCCCUCUAAAUGCACUGGGCUCCCUUGGCCCUCAGCUGCCCUGUGGUCCCACAGCACCACCUACCAUGGGUACCACCCCUCCACCCAAUGCGUCUGUCAGCCUACAGCCUCAACACCAGCUGCAGCAGCACCAUGCUCCUUCACAAGCUCACGUGCAGCCGCAGCCUUCCACUCCAGCCUCCACAGGUGGACCUUCCACUACCCCAACUCAUAUACCCAGUAAUCUCCCUGGUCCAUCUUCAAACAUGGGCACGCCACUUGACCAUUCCCAGCCACACACACCCCAGCAACCCCAACCUGAUCCUUCAAGCCAAAUUCAGCAGCCCCCGUCAGUUCAGGCACAGCAUCCCAGCACACCGUUGUCCCAGGGAGCAGCCAGUGUUGAUAACAAAGUGCCCACCCCAGGCUCUGUGGCUGAGCUCAGCUCACAGCAAGCCCUGCCUGACAGGAGCACUGAAGCUAAACCUGAAGUAAAAGAUGAAGAUGAUGAUGAUGAUGAUGACAACUCUGUAAAGAAGCCUACAGACAUAAAAAUGGAGCAGGAUGAUGAAACCAAACCCCCGCUGGUAAAGGAGGAACCAGAUGCAGCAGAGCCACAGCAGGAUCUAAUGGAGACAGAUGAAAAAAAGCCAGAGUUGAAGGUGGAACCCAAAGAAGAGGAGGAAAGUGGAGUCAACAGCGCUUCAAACACCUCCACCACUCAGAACUGCAAAAAAGUCUUCAAGCCAGAGGAACUAAGACAAGCUCUAAUGCCAACACUGGAGGCCCUGUACAGGCAAGAUCCAGAGUCACUGCCCUUCAGACAACCAGUAGACCCCAUGCUGCUGGGCAUCCCUGACUACUUUGACAUAGUGAAGAAUCCCAUCGACCUGUCCACCAUCAAACGCAAGCUGGACACGGGUCAGUACCAGGAGCCAUGGCAGUAUGUGGAUGACGUGUGGCUCAUGUUCAACAAUGCCUGGUUAUACAAUCGUAAGACAUCCCGUGUCUACAAGUACUGCACCAAACUGGCCGAGGUGUUUGAGGUAGAGAUCGAUCCCGUCAUGCAAAGCCUCGGCUACUGUUGCGGCAGGAAGUACGAGUUCUCCCCACAGACAUUGUGUUGCUAUGGCAAACAGUUGUGUACCAUCUCCAGGGAUGGCACCUACUACAGCUACCAGAACAGGUAUCACUUCUGUGAGAAGUGCUUCAAUGAGAUCCAGGGCAACAGUGUGACCCUAGGGGACGAUCCGGCACAGCCACAAACUAUGAUAUCAAAGGAUCAGUUUGAAAAGAAGAAAAAUGACACAUUGGACCCAGAACCAUUUGUUGAAUGUAAAGAUUGUGGACCGUAGAUGCAUCAGAUCUGCGUGCUGCACUAUGAAGUCAUAACACCGUCAGGCUUUUUCUGUGACAACUGUCUGAAAAAGUCUAACAAAACAAAAAAGGAGAACAAGUUUUCAGCCAAAAGACUUCAGUCUACAAGGUUGGGGAUGUACAUUGAGGAUCGAAGUGAUAAGUACUUGAAAAGGCAGAACCACCCAGAGGCUGGUGAGGUGUUUGUGCGAGUGGUGGCUAGCUCUGACAAAACUGUGGAUGUUAAACCCGGCAUGAAGUCAAGGUUUGCUGAGUCAGGUGAGAUGAUGGAGAGUUUCCCUUACAGAACCAAAGCACUGUUUGCAUUUGAGGAAAUAGACGGUGUGGAUGUUUGUUUCUUUGGAAUGCAUGUCCAGGAAUAUGGCUCAGAUUGCCCUUUUCCAAAUACCAGACGGGUUUACAUAUCAUACCUCGAUAGUAUUCAUUUCUUCAAACCACGUAUGCUAAGGACUGCAGUGUACCAUGAGAUAUUAAUAGGUUACCUGGAGUAUGUGAAGAAACUGGGGUAUGUGACGGGCCAUAUUUGGGCCGGUCCACCCAGUGAAGGAGAUGUACUACAUUUUCACUGUCAUCCUCCUGAUCAGAAGAUCCCCAAGCCCAAGACUCAGGAGUGGUACAGGAAGAUGCUGGACAAAGCUUUUGCUGAGAGGAUCAUACAUGAUUACAAGGACAUUUUCAAACAGGCAACAGAAGACAGGCUGACAAGUGCCUAUGAGCUGCCGUAUUUUGAAGGUGACUUUUGGCCAAAUGUUCUGGAGGAGUGCAUCAAGGAGCUGGAGCAAGAAGAGGAGGAAAGAAAGAAGGAGGAGAACACAGCCUCGUCUGAGACAACAGAGGGUGCUCCUGCUGACAGCAAGAAUGCCAAGAAGAAGAACAACAAGAAAACCAACAAAAACAAGAGCAGCAUCAGCCGAGCUAAUAAGAAGAAGUCUGGGAUGCCGAAUGUAAAUGAUCUGUCCCAGAAGCUUUAUGCCACAAUGGAAAAGCAUAAGGAGGUGUUUUUUGUAAUCCACCUACAUGCCGGGCCAGUCAUUAAUACCCUACCACCCAUCAUGGACCCCGACCCGCUGCUUACUUGUGACCUGAUGGAUGGCCGUGAUGCUUUUCUAACUUUGGCCAGGGAUAAGCACUGGGAGUUCAGUUCACUGAGAAGAUGCAAAUGGAGCACCAUGUGCAUGUUGGUGGAGCUGCACAAUCAAGGCCAAGACCGCUUUGUCUACACCUGCAAUGAGUGCAAGCACCAUGUGGAGACACGCUGGCACUGUACUGUCUGUGAGGACUUUGACCUAUGCAUAAACUGCUACAACACGAAGGGACAUGAGCACCAGAUGGUAAAAUGGGGCCUGGGUAUAGACGACGACAGCAACAGUCAGAGUGGCGAGGCCUCAAAAAGCCCACAGGAGAGCCGACGCCUCAGCAUUCAGCGCUGCAUUCAGUCCCUGGUCCAUGCCUGCCAGUGCCGCAACGCAAACUGCUCUCUACCGUCAUGCCAGAAGAUGAAGAGGGUGGUUCAGCACACCAAGGGAUGCAAACGCAAGACAAAUGGUGGAUGUCCUGUGUGCAAGCAGCUCAUCGCUUUGUGUUGUUACCACGCCAAGCACUGUCAGGAGAACAAGUGUCCUGUUCCUUUCUGCCACAUCAAGCAUAAACUUCGUCAGCAGCAGUUGCAGCACAGGCUCCAGCAGGCUCAGAUGAUGCGCCGCAGAAUGGCUACAAUGGCUGGACGAGGUAUGCCCUUGCCAUCUCCACCUACCUCAGCUGCCCCAGAGACUGCCAGUUCUGUGCAGCAGCCCAAUACACCCCAAACACCCCAGCCCAUGCCAGAGCGGCCCCAAAAGCAUCAGCCACCAAACUCUGCUGCCAUUGCCCAAGGCUUCCCAAACAGUGGCCACAGCAGUCAGCCCCCAACACCAGUCACACAGGGCAAACCAGGGCCUCAGUCAUCACCUCUCCAUCAGCAACAGUCCCCCCUCUCCAAUUUACCACACCAACAGCAACCACAGCAGCAGCCCCCACAGCAGCAGCAGCAGGCCCCUCAGCAGCCACUGCUGGCAGCCCUGAAAGUGGCCAGACAGAUUGAAAUGGUAGCCAAGGCUAAACAACAGCAGCAGAAUUAUGCCAUGAAUGGUGUUCCCAUGAAUCAUCCACGAAUGAUGGGACCAAUACAAGGCCAGAUGCAGAUGAUGCAGGGGCCACGUGGCCCCCAGGUCAUGCAGGCCAUGCAGCAGGGCCAGUGGGGUCCAGCAUUACAGAAUCCCAUGCAAACUCCACAGGUCUCUCAGCCACAAGUACCCCCUCAACAGGGCCCUAUGGCUCCUCAGCAGGCCCAGGGCUCCCCUAUGGGUCAGCAGAGUCAGCUUAUGCAGAGGCCCAUGAUGCCCCAGCAACAAGGUCUCUCAAUGGCCGGGGUCAUGCCUCCUCAAGGACCCUCACAGCAGGGCAUCACACCCCAGCAGCAAGGCAUGCCCCGGGGAAUGUCUGGUAAUUUUGCUCCAUCUGCUCUGCAGGAGCUGCUUCGUACUCUCAAAUCUCCCAGCUCCCCACAACAGCAACAGCAGGUCCUGAACAUCCUGAAGUCUAAUCCCCAUCUCAUGGCCGCCUUCAUUAAACAGAGGACAGCCAAGUACCAGGUUAACCAACCGCAGCAGCAGGCCCAACAACAGCAACAGAACCCUCAGACCAUGAUGGGGCCCCAGGCAGGAAUUCAAGCCAUGGCACCCAUGCAGCCAAAUCAGGUGCAGAGGCCAGGGAUGCCACCUCAGCAGCCACUUCCACAGCAGACAGGGCCACCAAACAUGACACCCAUUGGUCCUCCAGGACAGGUGAUGAAUGCUGCACACAAUGGCAGUCCACAGCUGUACCGCAGACAAUUGCUGAGGAUGCAGCAGAUGCAGCAGCAGGGUGGCAUUCCUCAGGGCCAUGGUCAGUUCCCCCAGCAGCAGCCAGGCCCGGCGAGCUACUCUCAGCUACGUAUGCAGCAGCAAAUGGCUAUGCAAGGAGGUGGAGGGCCUAUGAACCAGCUCCUCCCCGUGGCCCAAAUGGGUCAACCCGGCAUGAGCAUGGAUGGAACCCAGAAUCUCAUUCAGCAGCGCUUGCUCCAGCAACAGCAGCAGCAGCAGCAGAUGAUGAAGCAGCAGAUGGGCUCUCCUGCACAGGCUAACUCAAUGAGUCCACAGUCCCACAUGCUUCAAGGACAGGCGGAGGGAGGACCUCACUUACCUGGCCAAACAAUGGUGAGUGCCCUGGGAAACCAAGUGCGUUCGCCUGCUCCAGUGCAAUCACCCCGUCCAUCUUCACAGCAGCCCCCACAUUCCAGUCCUUCCCCACGCAUACAGCCCCAGCCCUCACCGCAGCACGUCAGCCUCCACUCAGGCUCUCCUCACCCCACUCUUGCAGGCCCCAUGCCAGGCUCCAUGGAGCAAGGACACUUGGGUACACCCGAUCAAAGUGCCAUGCUCCCACAGCUGAACACGCCAAACCGAGGGCCAUUAAAUAAUGACAUGAACAUGGUGGGUGACACCACGGGAGACACGCUAGAGAAGUUUGUUGAAGGAUUGUAGCAUUUUGUGACAGAAGAAGGGCCUUGUUCUGUUUGCAGCUGAGAAUUUUUGUAUUUGCUGAUGUAUAAAGUUAAAAUGAAUACAAACAAAUGCGUUAUGAGGCCUACAAGACUGUGAACAUUUCCUUAAAAUGGACUGUUUUUUUUCCGCCCCUCCAACAGUGUGUGUUAAUAAUUGCUGUUGAAAAGAAGGCAACAAUGACACAAAGAAUAUAUUUUUUGUUCAGACCAGUGAUGCAGAAACUUGCCUGUCCUUUGUUUUUGUUUUUCAUGUGUUAUGCCUGUUGUUGACUUUUUCCCAGGCAAAAAUUCUGAAAACUUAAUAUUCAUUUACAUUUUUUUUUUGUACCUUUACAAAUUAAUAUUGAAUUUGUGUUAAAAAGACUGUAAAAUUUUUUGUGUGGGAACUUUUGCCAGGUUUCACCUCUUGCUCUCUUUCUGUUUCCUGGCUAAUUAUUUGUUCUGCCAUUUUUGAAAAGGACUGCCUUUGGGAAAGCCUUAAUUUCUUUCCUGUUUGCAGAAUCUAUCUGAGAUUAAUGUAUUUGUAUAAAUGUAGGAAUUAUUGCACACACCUAAACAUCAUCAUACAGGUGGAAGAGAAUCCUGCCCUGAAGCUUGUUUGUGUUCACAGGUGCCAGAAUAUUUUUGAUUUUAUUUUUUACUGGCCUGGACCCAGUAUCUGUCUUACAAAUGUGUAAGAUUUACUGGCUCUCCUUCAGUCUAAAUUCUCAUGAAUUCAUGAACCUCUUUUGCCUGUUGUGGGAAAUAACUUGUUUGACUGCUGAUUUGUGUUCAGAGUUUUGUGCAUCACUUUCUCUCUUGCAUUAAACUUGAACUCUAAUGUAAAUCCUGCAGCUAGACAGUACUGUAAAUACACAGAAAUCAGAAUGAAACCACUGUAUAAAUUGGAACAAAUGACUCAUUUCGUACUUAUAUACCGUAUUGCUAAAUAAACCUGUGUGCCACAAAC